GCUAGUGAUGCGCACUUCAACUUUGACUUCAACUUAUUCUCAUCAAGGCCAUCUAUAGAAUUCUCAUUCUGAGCGGACUCGCACAGAAAACGAGGGAUCUUGAUUUGGAGAUUGAGAUGGAUCAGCAUGAUCCACCAGUGUCUGAACUACUGCCGCUCAUGCGGGCUGCAUCAAUGUCACCAAAAGGACCAAAGUGGUCUCUGGAGGGCUCCGCUGACAGCGACGGGGAAUGGGGUCCGUCACAGAGUGUGAGGAAGUCUCAGAGGCCGAGGAACUGCACUCCCAUAGACAGUGGCUCUGAGAGCGACUUUCGGCCAGUUGUGAAGGAGGAGAUAAAGAUUGAAGUCACUUCACCAAGGGUUGAGCGGCCGUCGUCUCCCUCGGUGUCGGACGACGAUCCUUUCUCGGACCGCGCUCUGCAUUCUUUAGUGAAGGAGGAAAAGUACCGACCUCGAUCACCGUCACCGUCUGAGGACUUCAUCGGGUUCACUGAGGUGGACCGGGACAGUGCCUGUUUCAUCUCCAAUGCAAAAAGGAGUCUGUUACUUGGUUGUUCGUCUGCCAUUCGAGACUCUACUGAAGUUUUUGCUGAAGGAGUGUUCAUCAAGAGUCAACGUCUCGUCAUUAACUACCGAGAUGUGGAUGGUCUCGAUGAUAGUAACAUAUUUUGUGACGUGUGCUGCCGCGAUUGGGACGGUGAAUGUCCCGUCCAUGGACCGCUAAAGAUCAUACACGAUACCAAGGCACGACGCGGUAUCGGAGAUGUCGACAGGGACGUCAAGACUCUCCCGCCUUCUCUCAGCUCUGGUCCGUCGACAAAUCCAGCGUCUGGCACCGGAGUUUUGGCGGAGAAGGACAUACCUGCGCGCCAAAGACUCGGUCCUUACGAGGGCACCUUGACCACCGAGCAGGGUCAGGCCCGAAGUCGAACAACCGGGUACAGAUGGCAGAUCAAGAAGGGUAAGCGCGUGCAUCACUCGGUGAAUGCCGAAGACCCGAGCUGCAGCAACUGGCUCAGAAGGGUCAACUGUGCCCGCUCGGAGGAAGAACAAAACCUAGUGGCCUUCCAGUACCGGGGCCAGGUAUACUUCAGGACGUCAAAGGCCAUUCCGCGGGGCUCUGAGCUGCUGGUGUACUACGGAGACGACUCGGCCCGGGAGCUGACCGUCCACUCGGAGACGUCUGGGGAGUCUGUGACUUCCUCUCCGGCCGGACCUUCAUCUUCAGGUGUUGGUUGCACACUUCAGUGUCCCCACUGCAACGUCAGAUGUCUGGGACAACAACAUCUGGACGGACACGUGAAGAUAAGUCACGGUCACAUCGGCAGGAACGGGAGAUUCAAGUGCGAGCGGUGUCAAUACUCUACCGACAAGUCCACUCAUAUGAAAUACCACCGGAAGACUCACACGGGGGAGCGACCCCACUGCUGCUCUAUCUGUACGGCACGGUUUGCUCAGCGGUCCACCCUCACCACACACACGCGGACCCAUACGGGAGAACGGCCGUAUGCCUGCUCCCUCUGCCAUGCACAAUUCGCUGACCAGGCGCACCUCAUCAGACACAAGCGAACCCACACUGGGGAGAGGCCGUAUGCCUGCUCCCUCUGCAAGGCACAAUUCAAUGAACGGUCAAAACUCACCGGACACAUGCGAACCCACACUGGUGAGCGGCCAUACAGCUGCUCUAUCUGCAAGGCGCGGUUCCUUGAACGGUCACAUCUUAAUGCACACGUGCGGACCCACACUGGGGAGCGGCCAUACAGCUGCUCUAUCUGCAAGGCACGGUUCACUAACCGGUCCAUCCUAACAAAACACAUGCGGACCCACACAGGGGAGCGGCCGUACGGCUGCUCAACCUGUGCGGCACGGUUCGCUCAACGGGCAUAUCUCAACGAACACAUGCGGACCCACACGGGGGAGCGGCCGUACGGCUGCUCACACUGCCAGGCCCGGUUCACUCAGCGGUCACAUCUCUUCAGACACAUGCGGACCCACGCGAAAAGCGGCCACACGGCUGCCUCUACAUCAGCAACGGUUCGGCAGUUUGACACAAAAAAUACGUUUUGAAGUGGUUGGUACACUGGUGAGAAUAACAAGCUGUGAGUGACCGAAGCGGUAAAUCGUUUGCAUGUCGAAACACAGUGCUGAGGCUUCACGACAAGUGCAUGACCACUGACCAGCCCCCGUUGUACGUUAGUUAUUCGUGUUAUAGCUGUGACUCUCGUUUGUGAGCUUCGUGGCUACCAAUGUCAUAUCUGGUUUGUUUGUACUAAUCCAGUGUGAUUCAGUGAUUGUGUAUUUAAAAUAGCCGCCCUUACAUAGGGGGAAAGGACUGUGGAACUGUCGUUAUUUUAAGCGCCGAAGCGCCAUUUUUAACCCAUUAAUGCCGCUUGGGUCAUAUAUGACGCAAAAGCAAAAUCUUAAUGUUUCUUCUCAAUGGAGGCAAGUGGCACUUUGAUGAACUUGCGCGUGUGUUUUGUCGAUUUUGUGGGUUUAGUGACGAGCGUCGGAGCGGCAUAAAACUGGUGUGAGCUCGUCCACUGAAGUUUCUGGAGCCAAAGACGACGGGACUGCACAGCCGACGGUCACUGGCAAUGGCGCGCCGUCCCAAAAAGUAAUGUUGUAUUAUGUUUGCAAUUUACUAUCUGUUGAAUGAUCGUCUACCUAUUUAAAUUUGUCUGAAAAGUAUGAUGUGUAUUUUUGCCCUUCUUCUCGUCACCGGAUAACUUUUGUUCCUCAAUAAAUAUCCUUGGGUCAUAAAUGACCCAGCCGGCAAUAGUGUUAUCAAUUUACUCAGUACCUAUGUUAAAUACAAUGGAAGCAACUGAUGAUUA